AUGCCAGGUCCCAAGACUGGAGGGCCUGCCCCAAUACUACAUAAUGGAGUUAGAAACGGGCCACCGCCGCCUCAGAAUAUGAAUGAUCCAAAUGUUAAACAUAAAAUGGUACGAGAUCAAUUGAUGAGAGACUGCUAUUCAAAAUACAUAAUUGAUAAAACUGGUAAGAGAAUACCUGAAAUUGCAUACCAAGGUCACAUAAUUAUUCAAGAAUUCUCAUCAUACCCUUCUCACCCUCCUCCAUCAAACUUACCGAAAGAUCAGAUUGGAUCUGUUAAAAAUAGAGUUUUGGUUAUUUGCAUGAAGCCAUCAGGAAGAGUAAUAUUACAAAAGGGUAAAAAAAAUGAAACGAAAAACAUUUACCAGAUAGGUCGUACUUGGGAUAUGGAUGAAUUAAAAUCAAUUUCAAGAGCAGGAAACGAUGGGUUUAUGUUAAGCUUAAAUAAAGAUUAUUAUUGGAGAUGUUAUGAAAAUUUCGAAAAUCUUUUGAAAUUCAUCAGAUCUUUGGCAACUGCAUACGGUAACUUUGUUGGUUCAUACCCAGAACUCAAUGGUUGGGAAUUACAAGAGCUCAAAUUAAACCCUUUACCUAAAAAACAUAAUAGUGCGCCAUUAAUGGGAAAUCAAAGAAAUGAAGUGGAAGCAUUAAGGUCAAAAUCACUAAAACAACAGCCAGCUGAAAGUCAUUAUAAAGAUAUGGACUUCACUGCAAACGGUAAACUACCUAUGAAACCAAUGAAAAUCAUGCCUACUGACAGAUCCGGCAUGGAUAAUGAAAGCAUUGCUUCAAGUAAUAAAUCUCUACCUUAUGGUGAAAGUAAGGAAUUUAUCGAAAACUUUAUCGAUGAUGGAAAGUUUCAGUCACCCAUUACUCCAGGGCAUGGUAAUCAUCCUUAUCAACAAAGGUCACCCCUCCACGAUGAAGCAUCGAUUAACGAUUCUCAAAGUUUUAUCUUCUCUGUUGAUAAAGCAUCUGAAAAAGCUCCAAGCAUUCAUGAAUAUGCCAAACAAGAUGGUGGCUCAUCUCCUUUACGAUCUUAUGUACCUGAAAAAUCGGAUAAUAAAAAAAUUAGCAGGAGACUUGACUCACCAGAACCUUUGGAACGAGCAGCUGAAUUGGGUUAUAGAUUGGAAGAGCAAUUGGAUAAAGAUGGUGUCCAUUCAUUUGAAAUUUCAAAGCCACCACCAAUAAAUGUUAAACAAAGUGCAUUAUCGCCGGAUUUCGGUAUUGAAGAAGUCACUGAUAGUGACGCAAGUGCCAAAAAGAAUUAUCCACCUCCAGAUGGAAAAGGCUUAGGACUUUCAAGUAGAAAAGAAGUGAGCCCAGAAAUAAUGGGAGAGUCGACUCAUCUAGAAGGAACAAUAGAUACUUCUAUACAAGAAAUAGAGGAUUUCAUGGAUUCUCAAUUACAUUUCGGUAAAAAUGAAAAAUCACGCCAAAUCGAUACUACAAUCAAUGAAUCUACAGAAAACUCGCAUCACAUUGCAACUGAAGAGGAUUUGAAAGAAAUAAUCGAUGAAGAUAUGACACCAGUUGAUCUGUCGAUUGGUUAUUCGCUAGAAGAGGAUGAGAGUCUUUUUAAUAAGCAUGAACAAACAGAUCAAGAUCAUGAAGUGGAACAAGCAUUGAAUAUAAACAAGGAAAAAUCCGAGAAAAACCAAACCGAGAAGGAUGCAGAAUUAGAUGAAUUAUUUGAUGAAGUUGGAUGGAAUAUAAAUGAUACAAGUGAUUCCUUAAUUAAAAAAUUUAAUAAAGAAUUAAAUGGUAUCAAGCAUUCAAAUGUCAAAGAGUUGGUCAACUUAGAUUUUGGUAUGAACUCAUCAUCUAAUGAUCUCAAGACUUCUUUAACAGAAAUUGAAAAUCUAAAUCAUAUUUUCAAGAAAGUUGAAAUAGAUUUCAAUUUUUUGGCCCCUGAAAUCAAUUUAAUCGAAAAUAAUUCAAAAGGUUUACAAGUUAAAUCCGUGAACAAGAAAGAUUUGUGGAGAGAAUUGAAAACCAUUUUAGAAAAAGUCAGUGUAAAUAGUAAUGACUUGAGGUCUAUUGAAAAAUUCAAGUCUUUUAAUUCUUUAGAAUAUAUUCCACAAUUGGAGCAAUUACUUAUUGGAUUAUAUGGAACAGUUAACACCAAAGAUAUAAGUAACAUCCAAGCUUUAAAACAAUAUCAAUCCAAUUAUCAACAUGUUAUAUCAGUCUUCUUAAGACAUUUUAAUGUUUUCAUCAGGGGACAGUUUCCUACUAUAAUUGCCGAAUUAUCACUGAGGAGAGAAAGAGCAUUCCCCAACGAUGUUUUGACAAAAUUGAAGAUGUUUUUAUCAUACUCCGGUAUAACUUAUUUUAUCAAGAGUGUUUCAUUGAUCGACUUUCAAGAUUUCAAAUCAUUCAUUAAUGGAGAGCUUGAUAAAUUUUUAGAAUAUCACCUUAGCGUUAAGUUGAAAAAUAUCAAAUAUUCUGAUUCUAUAUCCAGAUUAUCUCAGUCUAUCGAAUCAACGUCUAUUAGAAAAUCACGUACACUUAGAUUGUCGGUUAAAAGAGAUAAACUCAUGAAUAAGAUUGGACUCAAUGAAGAUCAUGGUGAAAAUCAACCGGUUGAUAUUUACGAAAAGAAACAAAAAGGUAAUGAAAUUGAAGAUCCUAAAAUUAUAAUAAAAUUAAUCAAUGAAGCAGGAGAUUUGAUAUCGAGUAUUCAACUUUUCCUUGCUAAUUUUUUUCAUUAUGAUACCACUCAGGAUUUCAAUGAUUUUAUAAAUAGGCCAUUUGAAGACCGAGAACAAGAAUAUAACCAAUUAUCGAUUCAUACAAUUGACGAAAAGAACUAUUCUAAUGAUUUAAUAUCCAAUAUGAACACCGUAUUUGGGAACUAUAUCAAUCUUUUCAUCAAAAAGAUAACACCUACAGAAUUGAUUAUUCCAGUUUUACUAAUUGAAAUUGAUCUGAUAUUCAUUCAAAGUCAAAAAAGAAAUCAAGAAUUCUUAGCCUACAGUUUUUUGAAAAAAAUAAGUGAGAAAUUCAAAGGCUUGUGGAAUAAGCUUAUCAAAUCACAAGUUGAUCUAUUAAACAAAGCUACCAUUAAGGGUAAAAGUGGAAUUUUGCCAAUCAUUAAGAACUUUAACCAAUUGGUUUUUUUGACUGAAUCAUCAAUUCAAAGAUCUAAUGUAACCGAAGUUCAGUCGAUGUUGAGCUCGUCGUAUAAAGACUUAACAGAAGCAGUUAUACACUUAUGUUUAAGAGAUGAUCCAUUAUUGAAAAAUAAUGACCACGAUGAUAAAGAACGAGAAUUAAGGAACGUGUCAAUCAUGAGAAACAUUUUCUUUGUCACUCAACAGUUGUCUGAUUUAAAUACUGAAUCAUCAAACAAGAUGCAAAAUCAAUUUGAUAUGGUGUUCAAAAAAGUUCAAGAUACCUAUUUUGAAAAAUUAAUUAACCAUAAGAUUGGAAAAUUAUCUGAUUUCAUAAAGAACUAUGAAAUGGCUGCAAUUCUGGGUCCUUCAAAGAGUAAGAGAAAUGAUAAGAAAUACUUGAAAACUUUAUUAAGUAAUUACACCUCCAAAGAUAUUCAAUUGAAAGCUCAUGAAAUCUUUAAGAAGUUAGAAAAAUAUAUCAUCAGUGGUGAAGACAUGUUUGAACAAGACUUAUUGAAAAAAUUAUGGAAUGAUAUGGAGUCCCAAUUCAUCAAUCUUUUCUAUAGACUUAAUAAUAUUGUGAAAUCAGUCGAUAAAGAUAUUGACUACAAUAUUAGUAAGCAAGAAAUUCACCACAUCUUCUCAUCUAUAUACUCCACUAGGUAA